GUGCUGCAAUGUCGUCCUCCAUGUCCUCCAUGUCUGCCAGCUCUCAGUUGAAUAAGACCCUGCGCUCCCACUACCUCAGCCUACCUCAAGGUGGGCUGUGUCAAGUCACUUAUGUCUGGAUUGAUGGAUCUGGCGAGGGUCUGCGCAGCAAGACUCGAACCAUGGAGUCUGAACCCAGUGAUAUAGACGAUAUUCCAGAGUGGAUCUUCGAUGGUUCGAGCACGAGCCAGGCAGAGAGUACAAAGAGUGACAUGCUCCUGGUUCCGGUGUGCAUGUUCAGAGACCCUUUCGCUCUGGACCCCAACAAGUUGGUGCUGUGCGAGGUGCUCAAAUAUGACCGCAAACCUGCAGACACUAAUCUCCGACACGCCUGUAAUAAGAUCAUGGAGAAGGUGAAGGAGUUUCGCCCGUGGUUCGGUAUGGAGCAGGAAUACACUCUGCUGGGUGUGGAUGGACAUCCAUAUGCCUGGCCCACAAAGGGCUACCCUAAACCACAGGGUCCGUAUUACUGUGGUGUGGGAGCAGACAGAGCCUUCGGCAGAGACAUAGUGGACUGUCACUAUAAAGCCUGCUUGUACGCAGGGAUCAAAAUCAGUGGCUCCAAUGCAGAGGUCAUGCCCUCUCAGUGGGAGUUCCAGGUGGGUCCGUGUGAGGGGAUUGAGAUAGCAGACCACCUGUGGAUGGCACGCUUCCUGCUGCACAGAGUGUGCGAGGACUUUGGUGUGAUCGCCACAUUGGACCCCAAACCUGUGGCAGGGAACUGGAAUGGGGCAGGCUGCCACACUAACUUCAGCACCGAGACCACCCGAGCCGAGGGGGGGCUUGAUCACAUUGAGAUGGCCAUAGAAAAACUACGCCCGCAUCAUGCUGAACACAUACGGGUCUCUGACCCUCACGGUGGACAGGACAACCAGCGACGACUCACAGGCCUCCAUGAGACCUCCAAGAUCCAUGAGUUUUCAGCAGGAGUGUCUAACCGAACGGCCAGCAUCCGCAUCCCCCUUCAGGUGGACCUGGACAAGCGUGGCUAUUUAGAGGACCGCCGCCCGGCCGCCAACUGUGACCCAUAUGCUGUGACUGCAGCUAUAGCUCGGACCUGCCUACUGAAGGAAGAGGAGGAGGCAGAUAUUCUGAGUGAUUCGGAAAUUAAUGAACUGGAAUAAAAUGUUUCAGCUGAAAUAGCAUACAUGCACAACAGUUACAUUCCUGAUCAUGAUGUUUACCUGUUAGAUUUUACCUCUGUGGUCUGUGUC